AUGACACAGCUGAGCGUUUCAUCAGCAGAGAGCGUAGCGAAUAUUGAAGAGCUUCUUAGUCAGAUUCUUGUAUGGGUUCCUGCUCUAUCUCUGAUCCGUUUCAAGUGCGUCUCCAAGCACUGGCUCGCUCUCAUCUCCGACCCCGAGUUCCGUCGCCGCCACACCCUCCGAAACCCUAACUCCAAAAUCUCAGCUUUCUUCUCUCCCCAAACCAAUGAAGAAACCUUCAAGUCCAUCCGUCUUGGUAACCAUGAAAUCCCACCUAGGUGCAAUCCCUUCAAAACCCUAAACAAUUCCGUCGCUGAUGCGUCAAAGUUGAGGAUUCUUCAGUCCUGCAAUGGCCUCUUUCUCUGCCAUAUUCCUAUUACUAUAUAUGGAGAACAAACAAAACAUCAUCCCGUAUAUGUUGUCAAUCCCACAACCAACCAAUUCCGGGCCCUCUCUUUUCCAAUUGUCAAAGAAGACAGGGACAGAUAUACUUUUGUACGCUAUGCUUUGGCAUUUGAUCCUUCCACAUCGCCUCAUUACAAGGUGGUCUGCGUGAAUGACUUUCCCCAUUAUUAUAAAAGGAGGCAGCACAAAAUAGACAUAUAUUCAUCUGAGACCGGAGAGUGGAAGCGGUUCCUUUCUUCCCAAGCCCUUCUGACGUGGUCAGACACCAUGAUUUCAUAA